AUGUUGGUGGGAGGUUUAGCAAAAGCUGAGUUUCACCAAAGAAAUCAUGGAGAUAUCCAUAAUAAACUCCUUCCUUAUUUGACAGUUUCUGUUGACCAAUCUGGCCAUGCUAACUUCUCUACAAUUCAAUCUGCAAUUGAUUCAGUCCCUUCCAACAAUAAACAUUGGGUUUUAAUCAAUGUCAAGGCUGGUAUUUACAGGGAAAAGUUGAAGAUUCCAUAUGAGAAGCCAUAUAUAAUAUUGAAAGGAGAGGGAAAAAGGAACACUCUUGUUGACUGGGAUGACCAUGCUACCACCUCACAGAGCCCUACAUUCUCAACAAUGGCUGACAAUGUUGUUGUCAAGUCCAUCAGUUUUAGGAAUUCAUACAAUAAUCCAAGGAAUAGUAAUCCGAUUGAACCUGCAGUAGCUGUAAUGGUAAGUGGAGACAAGUCAUAUUUCUAUGAUGUUGGCUUUUUUGGUCUUCAAGACACUUUGUGGGAUGAUCAAGGAAGACAUUACUAUAAAUUUUGUACUAUUCAAGGUGCUGUCGAUUUUAUUUUUGGCGCUGGUCAAUCUUUAUAUGAGGGAUGUAGCAUAUCUGUUGUUGGAGCGUCCCUAGAUCCUGGUUAUGUUGGUUUUAUCACAGCACAAGGGAGAACAAAUUUAAAUGAUGCAAAUGGGUUUGUGUUUAAAAAUUGUAAAAUAUUUGGAAAUGGAACCACAUUCUUAGGAAGACCAUGGAGAGGUUACGCAAGAGUUCUUUUUUAUAACACAAGCAUGUCUAACGUUAUACUACCAACAGGUUGGGAUCCAUGGAAUUUCAAUCAUCAUGAGAAUCGCGUAACUUUCGCAGAGUAUAAGAAUUUUGGACCCGGUUCUAACAUUUCAUUGCGAGUGAAGUGGAGUAAGAAGCUUAGUUUAGCAACAAUUAAAUCAAUGAUUAGCACUAAGUUCAUUGACAAUGAAGGUUGGCUUAAGGCACAAGACUUCUAA